CCUUACAUAAACAGCUGGAGUCGCCGAUCGUUGAACGAGGUUGGAUGGACAGGUUUCUAGCACCUCGAAAAGUGUCGGCGCUACACGAUUUGCUGUACAUCAAUUUGCAAUUUUUAAUAAAUUUUUGACUUACGUUGAGAGUCAGAAAUUCAGAUCCGGCCGACUUAAACAGAAAGACAAUGGCGACAAAGUUAAGAAGUCUUUGCUGCAAUCAGCUACUGUGGAGACGGGUUCUGCCUUGCAUGACUAGACGAAUCCAAGCUUCAAGCUCAUGGAGAGAGGAGCAAAAGACAUUCUUUGAGAAAAAUGACAAGCUGAAGCGCCCAAUGUCGCCUCAUCUUACUAUUUACAGCUUCCCCUUACCUCCAUUGCUGUCAGGGUCUCAUCGAGCUACUGGACUAGCCAUGUUUACUGGUGUAGCAGCUUUUGGUAUAGGUGUUAAUCUUCUUCCUGGUGAUUAUACUCAGUCUGUUGAAGUCAUCAAAGCCUUACCAUAUGCAUCAGCUCUACUGUUUCUAACCAAGCUCUAUAUCACAUGGCCUUUGUGCUAUCAUGGCAUGAAUGGUGUACGUCAUAUGGUAUGGGAUACUGCCCGUGGACUUGACAUGAAGACACUGUAUACUACUGGCUAUGCUGUGGUGGCUUUAUCAAUCCUCACUGCACUUGGAAUCUCUUUGUUGUAAUGGAUUUUGUUGUAUUUGCUUUUUUUUCACUAAAUGGAUUAUUAUAAAUAAACCUUAUAAAUAGCAAUGAUUUAAAAUGUUUUGAAGUCAUGGGAAAACGUUAAUGAGAAAAUAUUGUAUUGUUUGACUGAACAUUGGCAGCACUUGAAUGACAUGAAGAAACCCAGCAUCAUUAUUCAACAUAGUUGUUAUACGACUGGUUCCAUAGUGUGCUACCUCCUGGUAUUUGAGUCAUUAAAGACACUGGGCACUAUUGGUAAUUGUCAAAGAUCAGUCUUCUCACUUUGUGUAUCUCAACAUAUGCAUCAAAUAACAAAACUGUGAAAUUUUCAGCUCAAUUGGUCAUCGAAAGUGCGAGAUAAUUAAUGGUAAACAAAUGUAAUUGUGUUUCUUCCGAGGGAGCCGUUUCUCACAAUGUUUUAUCAACCUUUCCCCAUUGCUCAUUACCAAGUAAGGUUGAUGCUAAU